AUGGAGCUGGCUGAUGAUGGCAAGAACAUUUGCAUCUUUGACGUAGAUGACGCCACUCUCUCUAAUUUGCCUUAUUAUGAAGUCCAUCAUUACGGGGCUGAAGCAGUUAACAGUACCGCGCUGAAUGAGUGGUUCAUGGUAGGCAAAUUACCUGCAUUGAAUGAGACUCUUGAAUUCUACAACAACUUAUUAAAGCUUGAAAAGAUUAAGCUUAUCAUCCUCACGGGAAGAAGAGAUGACAUGGAAGAUGUUGUAAAAGCUAAUCUACAGGAAGCUGGGUACGGAAAUUGGACAAAGCUUAUCCUCAAGGAAACAUCCUAUAGUGGAUCGACAUUUGAGUUCAAAGAAGAAGAAAGAAGAAAGCUUGUGGAGGAGGAUGGAUACAGGAUAAUUGGAAACAUGGGUGAUCAAUGGAGCGAUAUCCAGGGGAUUCACCUAGGCAAUUGGACAUUCAAGUUGUCCAAUCCUCUGUAUUAUACGGCUGGAGCACAGGGUACUGAUCAAAAUUUAUAUUUUGAUUUUUAG